AUGCAACCAUUAGGACGACCACCUUCCUUUAAUGCACAGAUAGCUCGUGGAUGCCGCCUCCGAACCAGGAUGGCACGAAGCUGAUCCGAGGAAGGAGCUAUCACGAAAGGUCCGGGCUACACGAGAACUAAGGCUCAGCUCAUGAUGAACCUCAUUACAACGACACCUGCUCUAUCUCUAUUUCCUUCACUACCACAACUGGAGCGCGAUACAUGCUGGAACAGCCAUAAUGGUAAUGUUGGCCGAAAGGGGUAUCUAAAUAGACGAGAUCGCUGUCUAUGGAAACAAACGUCAAGGCCACGCAUGAACAUCCGCGCUAGGAAGGAGGGGGGCGAGGGCGAGGGAGGAGAAGGUUCAAAAUUGUCGAAUUCCAACUUGCCCUUUGGAGACCUGCCGCCGAGAUCUGAGUGUUUUGAUCUGAUUAUCGCUCUCUAA